AUAAUAGCAUAAUAUUAAUAGGAAUUUUAAGGUUUGACUUAUUGAUUUCGUAGUUAGGCUACAGUUGUUUGGUAUUGUUUUAAUAAAGAUCUUCAAAAUAGGGCAGAAAUGAAUGAUUCAGGGGAUGAUGACACUCCACGUACUUUAGUACGCAAGUUAAUUCAUCUAAAGCCUAUUAGCAGUACUCCUUUCACCCAACAUUUUAAAGCUGUUGCACCUCCCUCUUCUAGAAAAAUACACUUGUCUUCUAGGAAAUCUUCUAUACAGCAGCUUUUAAAAACUCCAUUUGUUGAUGAUGAAAUAACACCGAAAACUCUGAUAAAAAAUGUUGUUCAGGAAAAGAAACAGAGAGGAUCAUCUUUGUACACCUUCGAACAGCAACACAAAUUAUCUAAACAAUCUGAUGAAGCAGUUAGAAGAAGAAGCAAUGAAAUAGAAGAUUCUCUUAAUUUAACACAACAAGAAAUUAUGAAAGAAAUACCAUCUUCUGAAGAAAAGGAUAGCUUGAAUUUAUCACAGGAAAGUGAAAUAUUUAAAGGAAGCCUAACAGCUGAUCAUCCAGUGAGGACUCGUAAAACAAAACACAUAGAUUUGGAAACAUUUAAAGCAGGGUUAAAAGAGCUGAGAGCAAAACGAGGAGUAGCUAUUACCUGAAGUACCAAGAAACAAGGAAUAUUGCAGAAGCAUCGUUUGAAGAUGAUGUGUCUGGAGAUAACCAAAGAGCUGACAAUCCGCCAAAGACUCAUAAAACAAGACAAAUUACAUUAGAAGCAUUUAAAGCUGGCUUAGAAAAACUUAGAGAGAAACGAGGUCAUAAACCAGAGAACAAAGAAGAUAGCUUCGGGAAAAAGAAUAAAAGUGUUCAAGAGUACUUUCCUAAGUCCACCCAAGAAUUUUCCGUAAGCCAACAAGCACAGGUUCCAGAGAAAGAUACCACUGUGUUUUUGGAUACAAUGCAUCCUGAAGAAACCGAUCUAAUCAUGGCUCACCAGGAGCAUCCGCCUGCUGUCAGUGUGAGAUCACAGAGUCAGCCUUCAUUAAAGGAAGUGUUCCCAGAAAAUUAUCCAGACGUGCAAGACGAGCAUUCUGGAGAUUCUCGUUCUACACUAGAGUACAUCGAAGACCAGAGUCAAUCCUUUGAGGAUCCAGAUAGCGAACAUGAACAGUUGAUAUUGGAGAAAAGCCGACCAUACAUAACGCCAACACUUCGUACUCCCCAAUCACUAUAUCAAGAAAGAAAGCAAGUGCAAAGUAAAAAACAACUUUCUGGACCAGUUCAUCAUCAGCAAGUGAAAUCAAAACUAACAACACGUGUCAAUAAGAGAAAGCGUAAUAAAAAUCGCUUACCAUCGAAUCUUACCCGGGGUCUGUUUGAACAGUUCUGUGGUUUAAAAGUGACUCGAGAAGCUUUGGAGCUGGUUGAACUUUGUUGUGACCAGUUUUUCAAGAAUCUCUCUUCCGACUUGAUGACCUUCGCAGACCAUGCUGGUCGAAAGACUGUACAAGUAACAGACAUUGAACUUCUAUUUCACAGGCAAAGAUUGGUAACGGAUCAGCAAUCAUUAUACGCCUUAGUGGAAAAGUACCUGCCUCUUGAAUAUCGAGAAAAAAUUGUUCCUAUGGCAACAGUGAAAAAUAACGUCAAACCUUAAUUUCUUCGCCUUACUUGAUAUUCAAAAGCCUUUAGUAUUGAUCAUUUUGAUAGAUGCCCAUAUUUUAUUUGUAUUUUUUUUUUUAUAAAAAAAAGAAACCAUAACCUAGAAUAUGAUUUGUGAGUUAACAUAGAAAUAGUAGUUUGAGAUGAAACAAUUUUUGGUACAUUUAUAUUGUAAAAUAUCACAUCACGUAAAGUUUUCAGGCGUGAGGAUUCAGGUAAUAAAAAACAAUAUAUUCUAUUGACUAAAGACUAACACAGUUUUUAUUGCUUUUCAGAACAUAACCAUAUUAAACCGUAGAGAAGUCUUUACAAUUGUAUUGUUUAAUAACAUAAAGGUAAUAAAAGUUAUUUUGGAUACUCAUUAUGAUCUAUAUCUACCUGCUGAUAUUACUUUCUAGCAAGUGUUCCCUCUCUUCACCACACCACGGUACCUAAGUGUUAAGCAAGUGCUCCCUCCCCUUCACCACACCACGGUACCUCAGUGUUAAGCAAGUGCUCCCUCCCCUUCAACACACCACAGUACCUGAGUUUUAAGAUGUUGGGCUUAUAAGUAUUUUUGUCCUAUUUCUUUAAUUCUAUAGCAUGUUUACCUAAAUAUGCUGAAGCUUUAGGAAGUCUCCAGGUGGGACAGCUGUAAUUAUAUGGACUUACUACGCUAAAAUCAUGGGUUCAAUUCCCCUCGGUGGACACAUCAGAUAGCCUGACGUGACUCUGCUAUUAAAAACACACGCUUUAGUGAGUAUAACGCUAAAAUUCAAGGUUCCAUCCCUACGUUUGUCACCAAGCAGUUAGCCCAUUGUGUAGCUUUGCGCUUUAAACAGUGAUUGCUGUUACGUAGAAGCUCAUACCAGUUUGCUGAUUAUAAAACGACAGAAGA